AUGGCCGCUGUUGACGACCAUCCAUCGGGGUCGGAUAAAGGCCAAAUCUACCAGAAUAUCGCCAAGCUCUUAUUUGCAGGCCACCCUAAGUAUGGUGCCGCAUACACCAUCAAUCCCAAAAAAUUCCGCGACGCAGUUGGCAACCGUAUUGGAAGGGGUAAAUACAAGAAACUUAAGGCGACAUUUAGCAGCACCGGCGCUGGUGUGAUGCCGGCUGAAGGGACCCAAGCAAAGAAUCUAUUAGAUGCAGCACUUUCGGAGCUGCCAUGGUACACGGAAUUAGAUGCAAUUUGGCAUUCUAAUCUGUCCAUGGCUGCAGUAACCCACUCCUCAAAGCCGGGCGUUGAUCACGCCAGCGCGCUAUAUUCACUUGUUCAAUCACGUGGUGGGGCUGGUCCCCCCACACACUUCGGCAAUACUUCGCAAUGGUCACCUCACGCUCCCACAUAUCCCUCACCUUCCAGUACUGCGCCUUCACAUUAUGGCCAAGCAUACUCUCCUGGCCCUCAUAUACCUCAUCACACAAAUACCAUUGAAACACCUCACGCUGGGAGUUCGCAAUUCGCUCCUGCUCCUGCUCUCACUUCGGCUCCUGCUCCCCUCACUCCUGCUGCUGCUCCCUUCACUCCUGCUCCUGCUCCCCUCACUCCUGCUCCUGCUCCCUUCACUCCUGCUCCUGCUCCCUUCACUUCGGCUCCUGCUCCUGCUCCCUCCCAUACCGUCCCUUACAAUACAUUCCCCCAAUUCCACCUUCCCGGUCUCCCGACACCAAAAGACGCCCUCGACAAUCAUAACGCCGAGGACGACAACUUCGAUCAAGACAUUAGCGGACCAUUUGAUGCCCCACUUGGAGAUUAUUUUGAAGAUGAUGAUAUGAUGGUCGACGAGACGACCAGUAGCUCUUCCCGUGUUGCAGGGAAGAAACAGCAGCUUCCCUCGUCACCAUCGCCCCCUCCUAACGCUCCAGAACCAUUCCACAGGCCUGCAAAAUCCCGGCAUCUUCCUAUAACAACCGCUCAGCAUUCGGCUUACAGAAGCCAUUGAGCCGUGGGGGAUGACGCAAACGACCAUCAGAGAUGUUGCGGAGCACAUCAACGCCUUCGUCGACGACAUGAAAUACUACCUCGACG